AUGAGAAGCAAGAAACUGAUAGUGUUUUGUAUUGUGGUGGCCUCAUUGGCCAUGGCAUCAAUGGCAAUAAUGGAGGAUGAUGAGAAUGAAUGUGCAGAGCAGAUGGCAACCCUUGCAGCUUGCAUUCCAUUUGUGAGUGGCACAGCAAAGAAACCAACACCAGAGUGCUGUGAAAACACCAAGAAGGUGAAGGCCAACAAACCCAAGUGCUUAUGUGUUCUCAUCAAAGAGAGCACUGACCCUUCCAUGGGCCUCCCUGUCAAUACAACUUUGGCUCUCCAAAUGCCCUCAGCUUGCAACAUUGAUGGCAAAAUCUCUGAUUGCCCAAGUAUUCUGAAACUGCCACCAAAUUCCCCGGAUGCAAAGAUUUUUAAAGAGGCAGAUUCAAAUUAUACCACAUCGCCCACAACUGAUGGUCAUGAUCAUCAUUCUACACCCACUUCAGCUUCUACUUCUUCAUCAUCAUCUGUCUCAACAUCACCUUCUUCUUCUUCCUCCGGGUCUGAUUCAAAGCCAUCAGACUCAAAAGCAACUCCAAGCAGUGGAGCAACAUUAAUGAAGUUAACUGAGACUACAUAUCUGUUGAUGAUGAUGGUUUCAAUGGCACUGAUGUUCAAUUGA